GCGGAGGGAAAAAAGGGGCAUUGUUAGCAGUUAGCUUGAACAUGGCUUCGUUUAUCAUCAAACCUGCUCACCUUCGCUGUGUUUUAAGGACAAACAGACUCUUCUGGGGGCUCCGGUCAAGGAUUACACUGUGUUUAGACAGAAGUUAUGCCACCGAAGGAGACAACAGAGUACCUAAAAUAUAUACCAAAACUGGAGACAAAGGUUUCUCAAGUACAUUUACAGGAGAAAGGAGACCAAAGGAAGAUGACAUUUUUGAAGCCUUAGGAAAUACGGAUGAGCUGUCAUCAGCUAUAGGAUUGGCCAGAGAAUUUUGCCUCGACAAAGGUCACACGUUCACACAUCAGUUGGACAAGAUACAGUGCAUUUUACAGGAUGUGGGCUCCAAUAUCGCCACUCCACGAUCAUCUGCAAGAGACAGUCACAUAAAGAGAACGAAAUUUACUGCUCAGCCCAUUAUGGACCUGGAAACAUGGAUUGAUGAGUUUACAAAUGAACUCCCUCCAUUGACCAACUUCAUUUUACCCUCCGGAGGGAAGAGCAGCGCAGCUUUGCAUUUAGCACGGACAGUUUGUAGGAGAGCAGAACGCUGUGUUGCUCCUAUUGUGCGCUCAGGGGAGGCAGAUCCAGAUGUUGCCAAGUUUUUGAACAGAUUGAGUGACUACCUGUUCACAGUGGCCAGAUACGCAGCCAUGAAAGAAGGCAAUGAGGAGACAAUCUACAAAAGACCCGAAUGAAGACAUGGUCAGAAAUAUUGUAAAUAUGUCAAUAAAAGAUGACUAAAAUUC